UACCACUGUCGAAGACAAAUAAAAUACAGCAAAGACAAAAUGUGGUAUUUGGCAAAAUUGAUACAAGGAAUGUCCAUUGACCAGGCUUUGGCUCAACUGGAAUUCAGUGACAAAAAAGGAGCCCAAGUAAUUAAGGAGGUUCUUUUAGAAGCACAAGAUAUGGCAGUGAGAGACCACAAUGUGGAAUUCAGAUCCAAUUUGUACAUAGCUGAGUCUACCUCAGGGCGAGGCCAGUGCCUAAAACGCAUCCGUUACCAUGGCAGAGGUCACUUUGGUAUCAUGGAGAAAGUUUAUUGCCAUUAUUUUGUGAAGCUGGUGGAAGGACCCCCACCUCCACCUGAGGCACCAAAGACAGCGGUCACUCUCGCUAAAGAAUAUAUUCAGGAGCUUCGCAACCGAACCAUCAUUCAUACUCUAUGAUGGAAGAACCCAGACUUCAAAGUGUAUAUAUUUUUGCUGUUUAUUUCCUAAAAACAAAAAAAUUAAAG